CGUGACGGGAUCCUUCGCCGAGGGCGCCACAUGGCUCUCCUUCGUCGUUUCAGUUUGUCUCUUAUGGUUCCAGUGCUGUUUUAAAAGACCGUUGUCAUUUUUCCAGUUUCGCGAUCUGUUUCCCUGAUUACGUAAAUAUGGUCUGAAACAUAUUUCUGCGACAAAACGUCCAGGAAGUUUCUCGAAUAUUGCGCCGAUUAGAAGUCUUCGAAGUUCCUCAUCGAUCCACAUUUGGUCGACAGUGUUGCAAAAGUUGCCAGUCCUUGAGGACAUCCCGCCUCUAGGAGGUGAUAGAAAACGAUGCACAAGAAAUCGACGCAUAAAUCACGUUCGUGAAGAUGCGAGGCUCGUGUCGAGUCGCGUGUUCUUCCAUGCCAGCCUAGCAGAGGAAUCAGCGCGGCCCGGCGACGAUGCAAGAUAACUCCAAAGAAAUGUUCAUCAUUAGAGCAUUGGAAAAGAUCCUGGCUGACCGGGAUGUCAAACGGUCACACCUGUCACAGCUUAGGAAGUCUUGCGAGACUGCACUUGAUAACCUGCGAAAUGAAAUCAAAGAGGGGACGAAUGUCCAGGUUUCGACCGCCUUACCGCAGCCACGCAGCGAUUCCUACGUCAUCUCGGCGGAAAAAUAUUUUCUGCCAUUCGAACUGGCUUGUCAGAGCAAAUCGCCAAGAAUCGUAGUCACCGCUCUGGACUGUCUGCAAAAACUAAUCGCUUAUGGGCACUUAACUGGAAACGUACCUGAUUCCACAGAACCGAAUAAACUAUUGAUUGUACGUAUCGUUGAAACAAUUUGUGGAUGUUUCAUGGGGCCACAGACAGACGAGGGGGUUCAGCUACAGAUAAUAAAAGCUCUCCUCACCGUAAUGACUAGUCAACAUGUGGAAGUUCAUGAAGGCACAGUGUUGCUUACAAUACGUACAGUUUAUAGCGUUUACUUGGCUUCAAGGAAUCUGGUUAACCAAACCACUGCUCGUGCUACUCUCACGCAGAUGAUCAAUGUUAUUUUUGCUCGCAUGGAAACACAGGCGGAAGAAGAGAAUGUCAGAUCUGAAGUGGAACAUUCAGCGACCACUGUGAACACUUGUACAUCUGGAGAGCUGGAAACAGAGACGGUGAAUCACGAGGAACAUUCAACGGAGAGCAAUCAGGAGCCGCAGUUAAUUGUCCGAGGAAUUUUGGAGGAUGUUGUGAACUCAGUUGUUCCAGAGGAUCCAGCGAUCGCGGUUACGGUAACCUCCGAGGAGGCUAGCUUGGAUCAAGUGCCUAUAGACGAGAACUCCGACGAGGCUGUCGCGGAGAGCGACAAUAUGGUCAGGGCGAAAUUCACUCACGUCUUGCAGAAGGAUGCUUUUCUAGUUUUCAGAGCUCUCUGCAAACUGUCCAUGAAACCGCUUCCGGAUGGCACUCCGGACCCUAAGUCACAUCAGCUGAGAUCGAAAAUCCUUUCGCUGCAGUUGCUGCUAGGCAUACUGCAGAACGCGGGACCAGUAUUGCGUUCGAACGAGAUGUUCGUAAUAGCCAUAAAACAGUAUCUCUGCGUGGCACUGUCGAAGAACGGAGUCUCCUCGGUUCCGGAGGUGUUCGAGCUCUCCUUAGCGCUAUUCCUCGCGUUGCUGGCUCGGUUCAAGAUGCACCUGAAGAUGCAGAUCGAAGUGUUCUUCAAGGAAAUUUUCAUGAACAUCCUGGAGACGUCCAGCAGUUCCUUCGAGCACAAGUGGAUGGUGAUUCAUGCGUUGACUCGUAUCUGCGCCGAUGCCCAAAGUGUCGUUGACAUAUACGUGAAUUAUGACUGCGAUCUUUCCGCUGCAAAUUUAUUCGAAAGGCUUGUAAAUGAUUUGUCGAAAAUUGCACAGGGCAGGCAGGCACUGGAACUGGGUGCUUCGCCCAAUCAAGAGAAAUCGAUGCGCAUCAGAGGCCUCGAGUGUCUGGUAUCGAUAUUGAAAUGCAUGGUGGAAUGGAGCAGGGAUCUGUACGUAAAUCCAAGCGUUCCGGCCGAUCAGCAGAUUCCAUCGGAGCCACCCGAUCCUCCGGUGGAACCUCCGCUGCCUCGUUACGGAAGCGCGGGCAGUUUGUCCUCGGCGAACUCGAGCCUGGUCGGUAACAAGGAAAUUCCGGACUCACCGGAGCAAUACGAGGUGCAGAAACAGCAGAAAGAAGUGUGGGAGACUGGAAUAGAUAUUUUUAAUCGAAAGCCAAGCAAAGGGGUACAGUAUCUUCAAGAACAAGGUCUUCUAGGUAAUUCCUCCGAAGACGUUGCGCGUUGGCUUCACAUGGACGAACGGCUCGACAAAACAGCGAUCGUUACAGCCCUGAGAUACUUUCUUGAGGGCUUCAGGCUACCGGGAGAAGCGCAGAAAAUCGAUCGGUUGAUGGAAAAGUUUGCCAGUAGAUACUGUGAAUGUAAUCCGAAUAAUGGAUUGUUCACGAGCGCGGACACUGCUUACGUUUUGGGAUUCUCGAUCAUCAUGCUAACUACCGAUCUCCAUUCGCCCCAGGUAAAAAAUAAAAUGACGAAAGAGCAGUAUAUAAAAUUAAAUCGACGCAUCAGCGAUAACGAAGAUUUACCUGAAGAAUAUUUAUCAAAAAUUUAUGACGAGAUUGCGGGCAAUGAAAUUAAAAUGAAAUCAAACCCUAAUCGACCUGGUAAACAAGUGAUCUCUAGCGAGAAGAAACGGCGGCUAUUGUGGAACAUGGAAAUGGAAGUAAUCUCAACAGCAGCGAAGAAUUUAAUGGAAUCCGUUAGCCACGUUCAAGCACCGUUCACAACUGCCAAGCAUUUGGAGCACGUUAGGCCGAUGUUUAAAAUCGCAUGGACUCCGUUUCUGGCCGCGUUCAGCGUCGGUCUUCAGGACUGCGACGAUCCAGAAAUCGCUUCCCUUUGCCUGGACGGCAUUAGAUGCGCGAUACGCAUCGCUUGCAUAUUUCACAUGACGUUAGAACGGGACGCGUACGUGCAAGCCUUGGCACGGUUCACUCUGUUGACCGCGAACUCACCGAUCACCGAGAUGAAAGCGAAGAACAUCGACACCAUAAAGACGUUGAUCACCGUCGCGCAUACUGAUGGCAAUUACCUUGGCAGCUCCUGGUUGGACGUCGUCAAGUGUAUCUCUCAGCUGGAGCUUGCACAGCUGAUCGGUACCGGCGUUAGACCUCAGCUCCUGGGUCCACCGUCUAAGCCCCAUUUUCCAUCGCCAUUGGUGAACUUCAAUCUAGCUCACAAUAACUCUCAUCAGAAUAAUAGUCUGAAUCUCAGUUCUCUGGACCCAAGCGUCAAGGAAUCGAUAGGGGAAACAAGCUCUCAGAGCGUAGUAGUGGCUGUCGACAGAAUAUUCACUGGCUCCACCAGACUGGACGGAGAUGCGAUUGUAGAAUUCGUGAAAGCUCUCUGCCAAGUCUCCCUGGAAGAGUUAUCCCAUCCAACGCAACCGCGAAUGUUUUCUCUGACGAAAAUCGUAGAGAUCUCCUAUUACAACAUGGGUCGUAUAAGACUCCAGUGGUCCAGGAUUUGGCAAGUGAUAGGAGACCACUUCGACAGGGUUGGCUGCAGUCCUCGCCAGGACAUCGCUUUCUUCGCGGUCGAUUCCUUGAGGCAACUCGCUACGAAGUUCAUCGAGAAGGGGGAAUUUGCCAAUUUUCGCUUCCAAAAGGAUUUCCUUAGGCCGUUCGAGCAUAUCAUGAAGAAGAAUAGAUCACCGGUGAUCCGAGACAUGGUCGUCCGUUGCGUGGCGCAAAUCGUCCAUUCGCAAGCGCCCAAUAUUCGAUCGGGAUGGAAAAAUAUAUUCAGUGUUUUCCAUCAUGCGGCCAGCGACAGGGACGAAGCUGUAGUUGAAUUGGCCUUUUCAAUGACCGGCAAGAUUAUAAAUGAAUUGUACGCUGAAGAUUUUAGUAUCAUGGUGGAUUCCUUCCAAGAUGCCGUCAAGUGCCUCAGUGAAUUCGCUUGCAAUGCCUCCUUCCCAGAGACGAGCAUGGAGGCUAUAAGAUUGAUACGUUCCUGUGCCUCUUAUAUCGAUGCUAAUCCAAAUCUUUUCGCAGAGGGCAUGAUGGAUGAUAGUGGAAUGGUAUCCGAAGAAGACAGAGCUUGGGUGAGAGGAUGGUUCCCAUUGUUGUUUGAAUUAUCCUGCAUAGUGAGCAGAUGUAAAUUGGACGUCCGAACAAGAGCGCUAACUGUAUUAUUCGAUGUCGUUAAAACGCAUGGGGCAUCCUUCAAACCCCAUUGGUGGAAGGAUCUGUUUCAAGUCUUGUUCAGGAUUUUUGACAAUAUGAAACUACCCGAGCAGCAUACAGAAAAAGCUGAAUGGAUGACGACAACGUGCAACCAUGCCUUGUACGCUAUCGUGGACGUGUUCUCGCAGUUCUACGAUACCCUGGGCCCUCUUCUUCUAGAGCAAUUGUACUCCCAGUUACUCUGGUGCGUGCAACAGGACAACGAGCAGCUGGCAAGGUCCGGUACCAACUGUCUGGAGAACCUGGUGAUCAGCAACGGCAUCAAGUUCGACGAACAAACAUGGGAGAAGACCUGUAGCUGCGUCCUCGACAUUUUUGAGAGUACCUUACCGUCCGCGCUUCUCUCAUGGAAGCCUCUGUCGCCCAACAAGGAGUCCGACUUGGACGUGAUCACAGGCGAGACUGAUAACCACGUGGGCAUCCUGAAGAGAAGCAACAGUUCUCAAAGCCUGACGAACAGCGAGAGCGGGAAGAAUAAGCUGUUCUAUGCGUUGCUGAUCAAAUGUGUCGUGCAGCUGGAGCUGAUUCAAACGAUAGACAAUAUUGUAUUCUACCCAGCCACCUCGAGAAAGGAGGAUCAGGAGAACUUAGCUUUAGCCCAGGCGGACAUGUUCAAUGGAAAGUCCUCCGAAUUGGGCGUCCGAGCAGGGGCGGAUCAACAGAAGGAAGAACAGGGCAUGUAUUGUGCCCUGACGACGAUGCACCUCCUGCAGUUGGUCGAGUGCUUAUUGAAGUCUCAUCGGUUCGCCAAGAGCUUCAAUUCGAACCACGAGCAACGGAACGUGCUAUGGAAGGCUGGUUUCCGGGGCAACGUGAAGCCGAAUCUACUUAAGCAGGAGACCCAAUCGUUGGCGUGUGCUUUGCGAAUACUCUUUAAAAUGUACAGCGACGAGGCUCACAGAGCUGAUUGGAGUAAAGUGGAGUCCAGGUUGGUAGAGGUUGCUUGCGAGGCACUCGAAUACUUCCUCGCGCUUUCCAACGAGGCUCACAGAGACGCCUGGACUCCGAUAUUGUUACUGCUUCUAACGAGAAUUCUGAAGAUGAGCGAUAACCGUUUCGCGGUACACGCGUCCAGCUGUUAUCCGUUGCUCUGCGAGGUUAUGUGCUUCGAUCUCAAGCCAGAAUUGCGAUCGGUACUCCGGAGAUUCUUCUUAAGAAUCGGCCCUGUAUUCAGGAUCACGCAGCAAUAGUUGCUGUAAUUAGUUGUAAAGAACGCGUUUACACAUUUCUAGGCCGCUCUGCAAAGUACAGAGGGUGAUUCUUGUAUCUGGAAUGGGCCAUAACUGUUUCCUCGGUGAAUAUAGAAAAUUGUUAAAUGAUCUUUCGACGAAGUAUCGUUGUUCGGAAAUCUGAUUUAGUAUUACUUUCUAUUUUUAUUUAUUCUGUUUGUAAGAAUCUUCCCAACGUACGUACGAUGCAAGUUAGUGGGGACAAAUUAUUUGAAAAUAUACAGGGUGUUUCAUAGCUCCUGUAACAAAUGGGGGGUUGCUGAGGUGAUUUUGAACAACUUUUUCCUUUACCAAAAUGUUGGUCGAAGCUUUGUUUUUGAAUUAUUAAAGAAAAACACUAGCCAAUGAGAGCGCGCGCUGAACCACCAGCGCAUUGAGCGCGCGCUCUCAUUGGCUAGUGUUUUUCGUUAAUAAUUCAAAAACAAAGCUUCGACCAACAUUUUGGUAAAGGAAAAAGUUGUUCAGAAUCUAUUUUCGGGUGUUACAGGAGUUACGAAACACCCUGAAGUAUGGAUUCGCUCGAUACCCUAGGCGCUAGGGAAUAUAUAUGGUGGAAUUAAAAUCGAACAAAAUGGAACAUGUUUUAGUAAAAUAGUAGGAGAUAAACAUGUGAAUAUAUUGUAUAUGUUCUGAAAGCUCUUUUAUAUUUAAUGUUCUUCAUUUUUUCUAAGAGGAGAGACUUUGAUGAGUUAAUAUUCCAGUCGACGUGCGAGUGCAGGGUAUUUAAUAAAUAGGGUGUUUCCUGGACCGUAAGGAUGUGGGAACUCCAGAUUUCUAGUAAAAUAAUUAAACUAUUAAUUGUCUAGGUUUACCUAAAUUUAGUUAUUCUGGACAUUCUCUUAAAGAGAUUUUAAUUGGAUUUUAUUUAUGUUUUAUAUAAUUGUAAAUUGAAGCAAAACAUUCCCAAUAAUAAAAGAAUUGCAGCUUAAUAAGUCAGCGUAAAAGAAAAUUAAUAGACAAUGUUUAGGGUUGUGAGAAUGUGUUUCCUAUUUUCACAGGAAAUACACUAUUUAUCAAAUGUUUUGUAUAUUCAAACACACGUACAUAUACAAAGUGUCUCUUGAAGUAUACUGUAUCAUCCAUAAAUCAGAUUGCUGAGUGAAGAAUAAGAUGAUUUUCAAUAUUUUUAUAGAAUUGAUUAGCUACUUUAUCAACUGUUAAAUAAGUUGUGAACUGGAUGAUCGCUAGGCCAUAUAGGAUUCUCAAGGAUUGUCUUAUCUUUAGCUUGGAAAUCUUCUUUACAGUACAUUUUUCCAGACACUUUCUGUAUGUUAAAAAACACUUAGGAAAUGAUGGUAUAAGCAAGAAGAAAUGGGGGCAGAUGCUUGAAAAAUAAUAUUUUGUUAAAGGAUCAGCCUUUAUUUUUUACAAAUAUCACAAUUAAAAUUCAAGAUAAACAUUUCCAAUAUUAAUGUCUUAUUAGAAUGCAUAAAAUGCAACACUUUAAUAGACGCAAGGAAUGUUUCCUAUCAAUUUUUCAAUAUUUUAAAUUCACUCGAGCCUGUUGCAAAGACUUUUAUCUCACCUUUUUACACGUUGGUCUUUUUUUCUCAGCCUAACUUAAAUAAAUAUUAAACGUGUAGGAUAAUUGAAUACAUUAAGAGGAAUGUAAGAAAUGUAACUUACUCAAAGGGAGGAAUUUUUGGAAUGAAGUUUUAAGGAAUUCAACAUUUAAUGCCACAAGGUUUCUUAAUUUCAAGCUUGUACUAUUGUUUUCGAGAUACAUAGUCUGUGUACAAAUGCAACACACGCAUAGUCAUCACCAAGUAGUCAUAAAUAUCCAUCGUGGAUAGGUGUUCAGACAACGAGUGAUUAGUUUCUAACUCGUUAGGAUUUUCAUUGUUAUACAUAGAAUCAAUUUAAGACAUGAGAAUCCUGUGAACAUAUGAUAAAUGUAUAUUCACAUUGCAUAGAAUUAUUUAUGCUUAGGUUAGAUUAAUUAUUUACAUAAUGCAGCCUUAUUUAAAUAAAUUUUAGAGAAACGAGGACUCUGUUUUUCCUGUUCUCCUUAUCAGAGAAGGCUUUAGAAAAAAUUUCUUCGUUAGAAAUGUCACAAUCAAAUAAUUGUAAUCCUGUUUUAUACGCUAAAACACCUUUUAUGUAUUUAUAUGUAUGUACAUAUAGAAUUUUUAGUUUAGUUUCUAAUACUUACAAGAGAUUGUGAAUUAAGUAGGUUUUAGAAAGAGUAAUUGGGAACUGCUCCGCACCACUCUUGAAUAAAAGCUAAGAUAUCGUUAA